CACCGUCGCCCUCGACGCCCCGAUUGUGUUCUCCUGCGGCUCCUGCUGCUCCGGGGGCUCGGAGGCCGCAGGCGCCGUCAGCGGCCUCCCCGGACCGGCCCUCCGUCCCGCCGUCGGGCUCAGGAUGGACUUUCUGACACUCUUCUUGGUUUACUUGUGUGUUGUUCUCACUACUAUUGCUCUGCUCUGCAUGUGCUCGGGAAGGAAGGAGAGUUUCCUCACAAGAUGCGUCAACGGUGCAAGCCAGGUAUUGUCAUUUGUAAUCCCCACACAGCUCCAGAGGGUGACACAGAGGGUGCUUCACAGGCUCUUCCACACAAGAAGCUGUUUGUUUGUUGUCCUGCACAUAGCCUUGCAAGCUGCAGUGUAUGGGGAAUACACAUGGGAAGUGUUUGUUUACUGCUGGGAGCUGCAGUUCCACCUCCUCCUCCUCCUGCUGCCCUACCUGCUGCUGGCUGGGAACAUGGGCUGCUUCAUUCUCUGCUCCCGGGCCAAUCCUGGUAUAAUAACAAAAUCAAAUCAUGUAUCAUUGGUUAAGAUUUACGCAUAUGAUGGUGUAUUAUUUCAGAAAGGCAUCGUGUGUCCUACAUGCAACAUGGAGAAGCCAGCCAGAUCAAAACAUUGCAGUUUCUGCAGUAUAUGUGUACAUCGUUUUGAUCACCACUGUGUGUGGGUCAACAACUGCAUUGGUGCCUUCAAUGCAAAGUAUUUCUUCCUUUACCUCUUCACACUGACUGCCAUGGCUGCAACCAUUGCAAUCAUCACAGCAGCAUUUCUCAUCCAAGUGGUGCUCCUGUCAAAUAUGAUGCAUGGGAGUUACAUUGACGACCAAGGACAAGAGCACGCUGUUGAGAUUCUCUUCCUCAUUCAGGCAGCCACAGAAAGCUUUCUGUCUGAAAUCAAUGGGUCAACUCUGGGCGAGACGUAUUAUCCUGGGAUUAUCCACUGCAUAUUCCAGGAUUUCAGAACAUCCUGUGCCCAAGAGCCAGGCCCAGCCCUCUAG